AUGUUAGCUUGUCUCUUAUGCGUUGCUAAGGUCAAGAGACUCCCAACAACUGAUGAAUUCCGCCGCAGGAUUCCAGACUUCAAGAGGCCACGUAUUGAUGCCCCAAUCCGUAGAGUUCACAGACACCAUCAUCAUCACCAUACAGCCCAAAAAGCAGAACAGAACUGGGCUUUACCACCUCUUCCACCACCACCAGUACUCCCACCUCUUCCACAAAUCCCUCUUCCACCAGCUCCAGUACUUCCACCACUCCCAGUUCCAAAGCUUCCAACACUUCCACCACUCCCAAUUCCAAAACUCCCAACACUCCCACCACUUCCAUUCCCAGUUCCAGGCCCAGCUCCAGCCCCAAUUCCAAUCCCAGGACCAGUCCCAGUUCCAGGACCAGCUCCAGCUCCAGCUCCAGGAAUUGUUAAUGAUGAUCAAAUGAGAAGAAUGGGAUAG